AUCGCUGCCUAUUUAUUUUUUUUCUUAUUUUGUGGAAACCUAAACCCUGCAAAUUUUAACGAUUAACCUUCGCCUCGCCCGACGCCGACCUCGAUCGCCGCCUUCGCCUGCCUCUCUUCUCCUCAUCUCGGCGAUGGGGAAGACCAUCAAGCUCAUUUCCGGCGACGGGGAAAUGUUUGAGGUGGAGGAGGCGGUGGCAUUCCAAUCGAAUAUCAUCAAGAGCCUCGCCGACGAGGACAACGCCGACGACUGCAUCCCCCUCCCCCGGGUCGACUCCCAGAUUCUGAGCAAGGUCCUCGAGUUCUGCAGGAAGCAUGCCAAUUCCCCCAGCGUUCACACCAAAUUCGCCGCCAUCCCCAGCGAGUUAUGCCCGAAGCACGACGGCUCUGCCGCCGGUGCUUCCUCCUCUGAAUCGUCGUCUGCGCACUCCGAAACUUGUAGAGCCUGUUACGAUGCGGUGAUGAAGCUCGUUCAAUGGGACUUAGAGUUCGUUAAAGUGGAUUUGGACUUAAUCCAUCACCUCCUUAAAGCAGCGAACUAUCUGGACAUAGAAGACUUGAUGUUUAUGGCCGUUGAGGGUGCCGCAAAUGCGAUCAGAGGGAAUAAUCCGGAAGAGAUUCGCAAGCUAUUCGACCUCGAGAAUGACUUCACGCCGGAGGAAGAGAAAGAGAUUCUUAAGGAGUAUUCUUGGUUGGACGAUCCAUUUGAACCCUAGUCAUCUCUAGAGACUUUUUUUUUUGUUGCAUUUUAUUUUUUUUAAUUUCUCUUUAUCAUGGUACAAAAAGGCGGAAUCCGCCGCCCCGACGGCCCCCUACGCCUGCCCCAUGGUGAUGUAGGAGGAGGGUUAAUCAGGGUGAAUGCUGGGUUGACAAGUGGCUGGGGGUUCGAGGCUUUAAGCCGGCAGACGGGGAUAUUAUCCCACAUUGCAACCGUCGACACUCGAACCUGCUGCUUCAUGGUACAACUUCCCAGCCACUUACCAACUGAUCCAGCC